AUGCUUUCUCUCAUCUCAUCCAUUCAUUCACAAGACGCAAAUCAAACCAAUAAGUUCUACUUCAACUACCUCCUAAACCUUGGCGAAGAAGUUCAGAGUAUUAUUCUACCCUCAUUGACAAUUAUGCGUCUGAGCACCCCAUUAUUGGUGCUCGCCACCGGGCUAGCAGUAACAGUCCAAGCGGAUCGAUGGGAUAUCACAGGACUAUGUUCCCUCUUCGGCUGCAACUACAACACGGGAAAGUGGUACUAUAACGACGGUCGAUCAUUCAACUUUAAUCCCAACGAAGGAUGCCGAGUGCCUUACAUACCAGCAGUUAAGGAGUUUUGCAUGGACUGGGGAAACCGAAGGGCACACUUCUAUGAGGACAGUGGUAAGAGACGGUGCAUGAGGCAGGUGAGGGAUGAUUCUACCUUUUGUGGUACUGGCUGCCUCGAAGCCGACGUUGGAUGGGCGGAUACCGCAUGCACUUGGUAA